UUUCUUGCAGUCUCUUCUCUUUUAGCCUUCAUCCUUUCACUUUUCUUCUUCAAUGGCGUGGUUCCCAUGCAUGCAUCUUUCCCCAACAGCGUCCCUUCCACCAUCUGCAAGAAAACUAGAAACCCUUCUUUUUGUUUUAACGUCUUGAAAUCUGCUGGCACCACUGACCUCAAAGGGCUGGCCACCUUUACCCUCAACCUCGCCCACAACAAGGCUACUAAAACCCAUGCCCUCGCCCAGUCCCUCGCUUCCAAGGCGGCCGAUCGCAAGCUUAAGGAGCGCUACGCCACCUGUGCCAAACACUAUGACAAUGCCGCCGACGACAUCGAGGAUGCGAAGCACAACUUGCGGAAAGGUUACUACAAUGGCGUCAACAUUCAGGCUUUUGGAGCCAUGACGGAGGUCGGCGACUGUAUGGACAACUUCACGCAGCCGCCAAAGAACCCAUCGGUGCUGUCUAACAACGAGAAGGUUGUAGAAGAUAUGUGUAGUAUUAUCUUGGUUAUAUCCAAUCUUCUUCUGGGGCGUUCCUAAGUCCUUUUUGGUUGUGUCUUUGUACUUAGAAUGCCAUGAACGCGUUCCUAAGUCCUUUUUGGUUGUGCUUUUGU